AUGUCGGAGUCUUCCGAGGCCACUUUCGGGGGCAGGAGAGCCGUCCCCCCCAACACCUCCAAUGCAGCCGAGAACGACCCUCCAACUGUGGAGCUGCAGGGUCUGGUGCCCCGGGGCUUCAACCCACAAGACUACCUGAAUGUCACGGGUGUUCACCUGUUCAAGGAGAGGUGGGACAGCAACAAGGUGGACCACCACACAGACAAGUAUGUCAACAACAAGCUGAUUGUGCGCAGGGGACAGUCUUUCUACAUUCAGAUCGACUUCAACCGUCCCUAUGACCCCAGAAGGGAUCUCUUCAGGGUGGAGUAUGUCAUUGGUCGCUACCCCCAGGAGAAUAAGGGAACCUACAUUCCAGUCCCUGUGGUCUCUGAGCUGCAGAGUGGCAAGUGGGGCGCCAAAGUGAUCAUGAGAGAGGAUAGGUCUGUCCGGCUGUCUGUCCAGUCUUCUCCAGACUGCAUUGUGGGGAAGUUCCGCAUGUACGUGGCUGUCUGGACCCCCUACGGGGUCAUCCGCACCAGCCGAAACCCAGAAACGGACACAUACAUUCUCUUCAACCCUUGGUGUGAAGAGGAUGCUGUGUACUUGGAUAAUGAAAAAGAAAGAGAAGAAUAUGUCCUGAAUGACAUCGGGGUUAUUUUUCAUGGAGACUUCAAUGACAUCAAGAGCAGGAGCUGGAGCUACGGUCAGUUUGAGGAUAGCAUCCUUGACGCUUGCCUGUUUGUGAUGGACAAAGCGAAUAUGGACCUUUCUGGCAGAGGGAAUCCCAUCAAAGUCAGCCGUGUUGGGUCAGCCAUGAUCAAUGCCAAGGACGAUGAAGGCGUCAUCGUUGGGUCCUGGGACAAUGCCUAUGCUUAUGGUGUUCCCCCAUCAGCCUGGACUGGAAGUGUUGACAUCCUGUUGGAAUACAAGAGUUCUCAGAAACCAGUCCGCUAUGGCCAGUGCUGGGUUUUUGCUGGUGUCUUUAAUACAUUUCUGCGGUGCCUGGGGAUACCAGCGAGGAUCGUCACCAACUAUUUCUCAGCCCACGACAAUGAUGCCAACCUGCAACUGGACAUUUUCUUGGAAGAAGACGGCAACGUGAACUCCAAACUCACUAAGGAUUCGGUGUGGAACUACCACUGCUGGAACGAAGCCUGGAUGACGAGGCCGGACCUUCCCGUGGGGUUUGGAGGUUGGCAAGUCGUGGACAGCACCCCCCAGGAAAACAGCGAUGGGAUGUAUCGGUGCGGCCCCGCCUCUGUUCAAGCCAUCAAGCACGGCCAUGUCUGCUUCCAGUUUGAUGCGCCCUUCGUUUUUGCAGAGGUCAACAGUGACCUUGUUUACAUUACAGCUAAGAAAGAUGGCACUCAUGUGGUUGAAACCCUUGAUACCACCCACAUUGGGAAAUUAAUUGUGACCAAAGAAAUUGGAGGAGAUGGCAUAAAGGACAUCACAGAUACCUACAAAUUCCAGGAAGGUCAAGAAGAAGAGAGGCUGGCCCUGGAAACCGCCCUCAUGUAUGGGGCGAAAAAGGCCCUCAAAACAGAGGGCGUCCUCAAAUCGAGGUCUGACGUGCACAUGAACUUCGAAGUGGAGAACGCCCUGCUGGGCAGAGACCUCAAGGUCGUCAUCACCUUCCGGAACAACAGCUCCACCCGCUACACUGUCGCAGCCUAUCUCUCCGGCAACAUCAGCUUCUACACCGGGGUCUCCAAGGCGGAAUUCAAGAGCGAGACAUUCGACGUGACCCUGGAGCCCUUGUCCUUCAAGAGAGAGGAGGUGCUGAUCGGCGCGGGCGAGUACAUGGGCCAGCUGCUGGAGCAGGCCUUCCUGCACUUCUUCGUCACGGCUCGAGUCAACGAGACCAGGGACGUUCUGGCCAAGCAGAAGUCCAUCGCGCUGACGGUCCCCAAGGUCAUCAUCAAGGUCCGUGGUGCUCAGGUCGUGGGUUCUGACAUGGUGGUGAUGGUUGAGUUCACCAAUCCUUUAAAUGAAACGCUGCGCAAUGUCUGGAUCCGCCUGGAUGGUCCAGGAGUGACGAAACCCUUGAGGAAGAUGUUCCGGGAGAUCCGGCCCAAGUCCACCGUGCAGUGGGAAGAGCUGUGUCGGCCCUGGGUCUCCGGGCCCCGGAAGCUGAUCGCCAGCCUGACCAGCGACUCCCUGCGGCACGUGUACGGCGAGCUGGACUUGCAGAUUCAGAGACGACCUUCGAUGUAG